UUUCUGACAAUCAUUAUUAAAAACAUAAGUCAAUGUUUUUUGAACAAAAAAGUGAUUUUGAUGAUUGUAUAUGGCACAUAGCAUAGCAUGUUCCCUCGCACAGUGGAUUAAAUAAUUUGCCGUCAUCGAAAAACGCCACCACCAAAACCAGACAAAAACGCCAUAACCGCCGAUCACCCCUUCCCAGCAAAACUACAAGCUGAUAUUUAAUUGAUGCAGCAUAAAACCAAAGAAUCAUUUAAAGAAUAAAGACAGAUACUAUGUUGAUGCAAACUAUGCGGUAGCAUCAAAUGCACGAAUUCCUUCACGCCAUGCCCACCACGUGUCACCUUUGACGCUCGAUAAAUUCAUCCAGAUAGCCCUCAAUUUUCCCUCCACUGCUGCCUCAUCCCAUCCCCAUCCCUAUCCACACACACUCCUACGUGUUUUCUGUGUCAGCUUUUCGUUUCCCGGUCUUCCUUGAAUCGCGGUCCAACUCUACCAGAUACAGAUAAUAUUGGGGGCUUUAGAUACACUCCAUCUGUAUCUGUGUGUAUAUAUAUAUAUAGAUGUGCUGGCUAUUUUUUCUUUUUUUUAUAGUUGAGUAGGGAGUGGACUUAUUCAGAUAUAUAGAUACAUAUUUUUUUGUGUACGUAUAGGUUGGUUGUUUGCGAUGGAUCACGCGGCGGAUGCUCACCGGACGGAUUUGAUGACCAUAACGCGCUACGUGUUGAACGAGCAGUCCAAGCACCCGGAAUCGCGCGGCGACUUCACCAUCUUGCUCAGUCAUAUUGUUCUCGGCUGCAAGUUCGUUUGCACUGCGGUUAACAAGGCUGGUUUGGCGAAGCUCAUAGGACUUGCCGGAGAGAUGAAUGUGCAGGGUGAAGAGCAGAAGAAACUGGAUGUGCUCUCAAAUGAAGUCUUUGUGAAGGCGUUAGUCAGCAGUGGCCGAACUUCCAUCCUUGUGUCCGAAGAGGAUGAAGAGGCAACAUUUGUGGAACCAUCCAAGCGUGGAAAGUACUGUGUUGUGUUCGACCCAUUGGAUGGAUCAUCCAACAUCGACUGUGCUGUUUCUAUUGGAACUAUAUUUGGGAUUUAUGUACUCAAUGACGGAGUUGAUCCAAAGAUAGAAGAUGUCUUGCAGCCUGGGAAGAAUAUGGUAGCUGCAGGCUACUGCAUGUAUGGAAGCUCUUGCAUGUUUGUUCUUAGUACUGGACAAGGAGUUAACGGGUUCACACUCGAUCCAUCUCUUGGAGAAUUCAUAUUGACUCACCCAGAUGUUAAGAUUCCCAAGAAAGGAAAAAUUUAUUCUGUGAACGAAGGAAAUGCCAAGAACUGGGACGGACCAACCGCAAAGUAUGUGGAAAAAUGCAAGUUUCCCACAGAUGGAUCGCCAGCUAAAUCUCUGAGAUACGUUGGAAGCAUGGUAGCUGAUGUCCACCGCACAUUGCUCUAUGGAGGCAUAUUUUUGUACCCAGCUGAUAAGAAAAGCCCAAAUGGGAAACUACGGGUACUCUACGAAGUCUUCCCUAUGUCGUAUCUGAUGGAACAAGCCGGUGGACAAGCAUUUACAGGGAAACAACGAGCGCUGGACUUGGUUCCUACAAAGAUACACGAGCGUUCGCCCAUAUUCAUUGGUAGCUAUGACGAUGUUGAGGAGAUCAAAGCUUUGUACGCUGCUGAACCCCAAAAAUAAUCAACUUAAAUAUUGAAGGUGAAUUUGAAAACAUGGUCUCAAUGAAAGUUGUAGAUCCUCGCGAUACGAAUCCGUCGGUGCAAAUGGAUAACAAAUUGGAGUUCGGAUGAGCGAGAUAUGACCAAAAUAAUUCGUGCAGUAGUAAAUAGUGGUCUGUAGGAUUCUGCGAAUUUUUGAAAUUUCACGAAUUGUCGAGUUUUGUAUUGUAUUUAUCCCCUAUGCCUAUAUAUAUGUCAUUUUGUUGGCCUAUUA